UUAUAAUACUGAUUGAAUGAGGUGCUGAUUUCGAUGAUGCAAGUGUAUCCACAACACAAGUCACAUUCAUUGUUUAUGAUAAAUGGCAGGAAAAGUUCUCAAUAAUCUUCUGGAAUGUUGUGAUAAUUUGAAAAAAAAUUUAAUCGAAUCCAAUUAUCAAUUCGAUGCGGUAUUCCGUGCCGUUUAUGAUUCUGAUUGUAUAAAUAAUAAUUUAUUGAACAACCAAGGUGAUAAAGAUGAUGAAAAUCUGCAGAAGAAUAAAGCAUCUGAAAUAGCGAGCAUAACAACAGAACCGUCUAAAAUUUAUAAAUCUGAAACAAAGUUGGCGAUUCAACAGUUUGAUGAUGAUGAUGAUCUUUUACAACAGAUAACAUUCGAACCAAAACAAAAGUCGUCAACUAUUAUACCAAAUAAAGUCAAUAAUGAUUCAACCAAAAAAUCAUUGGUAUUCAAUGAAACCUCGAAAAAAAAUAAUUCAUCUACAUUCCAGGAUAGUGACCUAGCUGAUAAUUUUAUGGCUAUACUGAAUACGCCAAUUAAUUCCAAAUUAAUAAAACUUAAUGAAAAUAAAAAGCGACCCGGUCAGACUAUCGAAACAAUCGAUUUGUUUUCGACAAACAAUUCAAAUUUAUCUUUGAUUUCGAAUGAAGCUGAAAUGCCUUUGACAUCUACAGCAAUACGAAAUAAAAAACGACGAAGAUUCGUAAUCGAUGAUGAAGAUGACGAUCAAAUAGUUGAAAAACUGCAGGAAAAAGAAAAAAAUCAAAAUCCUUCAUCUCAUAGCAACUCAGAACAUCAUGGAAUAAUAAAUGAUCACAAAAUUUUUUGUUCUGAUCCGGAAUUCGUUGCAAUCAUGUUUGAUAUUUGUCAGGAAUUAAUGGAAUGUGAAAGUUCAAUUCAAAAUAUGUCUCCAAAGUUGAAACUAUUAUUGCAUAAGCAUCGAGAUUUUCUGAAGAAUGGUACAAAAACAUCAAAAGCACAACAAGAACCAUUUAUCAAACAUCAAGACUUUACCGUUUACAAUCAAUCAAACAAUGUUUGUUUAGGCAAUAAAGAGAAUUUCAAUAAUUAUUCAAAAUCUAUGCCAAUAACAAAUGAUAAUGAUGAUGAUGAUGAUUGUUGGCCACCUUCAUCCAAAAAAUUGGACACUAAAUGUACUCCUGCCAAAUUUAGUUCGAAUAUAGUAUCUUCAUUACCAAAAACUCAAUCAAUACCAGUAAUAGAUAUAUCAAACUCUCAAAAUAGCCGGUUUAUUUCAUUUGAUACUCAAGAUUCUUGUGAAAUAAUCCCAAUACCAGAGCCAUUACCAAUUAGAAGAGCGAAUCGAAUUCCAGAACCUGGUUUUGUUACAACAACAACUCUAAACGACGAAAAUGAUAUAGCUUUAAGCGAUCUGAGUGACUGGGAAGAUUGUUAUGAAAAUUUACCAGAUUCGAAUACACAAUCCGUAGUUACGAUUUCCCCAUCACUGCCAAGCACUCAAAAUAUCUCGGGAUCAGGUGGAACCGUUUUGAAUGCUGCAUUACGUGCCGAAACAAGCUUUGUCCAGAUUGAUUUAAAUCGUUCGGUUGACAAUCACGAAGAAAUGGAUGGCGAAAUUCCUUUGGAAUCGAGUCAUGGUCGAUUUUUUGGACUUUAUCAAAAUGAUGGAACUGAACAAUUGUUGAAAUCUAAAAAUUUACCACAUUCAAAACAAAUGCUGCAAAUUUUUCAUCAAGUUUUUGGUCUUCGUGAGUUUCGAACUAAUCAGUUAGAAGCAAUCAACGCUGCCUUAUUAAAACAUGAUGUUUUCAUAUUGAUGCCAACUGGUGGUGGUAAAUCACUUUGUUACCAGUUACCGGCUUUGGUUUCGGAUGGUAUUACAAUUGUCGUGUCACCGUUGAAAAGUUUGAUUUUGGAUCAAAUAUCCAAAAUGAAUGAAAGAUUACGUGGAUCGGCUGCUUCAUUGACUGGUGAUGUUGAUACAGGUACAGUGUCAGAAAUAUAUUCUGAUCUUCGAUCGACGAAACCACGACACAAGCUAUUGUAUGUAACACCGGAAAAAUUAACAGCAUCAGAUCGUCUAAUGUCUAUGCUAAAAAAUCUUUACGAACGAAACAAAUUGGCACGAUUCGUCAUCGAUGAAGCACAUUGUGUUUCACAAUGGGGUCAUGAUUUUCGUCCCGAUUAUAAACGCCUAUCGGAACUUCGAAAGCCUUUUCCGAAUGUACCAUUUAUGGCAUUGACUGCGACAGCAACACAAAAAGUGCGAUUAGAUAUAGCACAACAACUUCAUUUACGGGAAGCUAAAUGGUUUAUGCAAUCGUUUAAUCGUGGUAAUCUUAAAUUCGAAGUGCGCGCAAAAACUAAGAAAUGUCUCGAAGAAAUAACCUUAUUAUUGAAUACAGAUUUUCGUAAUCAAACCGGAAUCAUUUAUUGCCUAUCACGCAAUGAUUGUGAUAAUUUGGCUGAAAAACUCAGUCAACAUCAAUUCAAAUGUGUUUCUUAUCAUGCUGGUCUUUCUGAUGAAUCUCGUAAGAAGGUUCAGAAUGAUUGGAUUUCAGGAAAAUUUAACGUCGUUGUCGCCACUAUUGCUUUCGGAAUGGGGAUCGAUAAAUCUGAUUGUCGUUUUGUUAUCCAUCAUUCAUUACCUAAAUCAAUCGAAGGUUAUUAUCAAGAAGUUGGUCGUGCUGGACGUGAUGGCCAACUUGCUCAUUGUAUUCUCUACUAUACACCAUUAGAUUUUAAUCGAUGGAAAAAAUUACUCACGAAAUCGACAAAUAAAAAAUCCAUGUUACAAAUGGCUAUGUCUUAUCUAUAUGAUGUACAAAUGUUUUGUCUUAAUAAGGCCGAAUGUCGUCGUAAACAAUUGCUCAAAUAUUUUGGCCAACAAUAUGAUGAUCGAUAUUGUGUGGCAAAUAUUGAAUCUGUCUGUGAUAAUUGUUUGGUAAAAGAUAAUUUUCAAUCGGAAGAUUUUACACGAAAUGUUCGUACCAUACUUGAAUCAAUUCGAUUAUUAGUCGGACCAUAUAAUCAACAACGAAAAGACAAUAUUUCACCUACGCAAUUGACAAAUAUUUUAUGUGGAAGUUCAGCCAAUGAUCGAUAUGCUCAAGAUAAACAUCGACGUUCGGCUAUGUAUUCAUUGCUCAAAGAUCUAACUCGAACCGAUGUACAACGAUUGGUACAAAAUUUGAUUGCACGAAAAUUUCUUGCCGAAGAUACUGUUGUAAACAGAAAAAAUGUUUUCGCUAGUUCUAGCUAUGUCCGACUUGGUGAACGAGCAUCCGAUAUAUUACAAUGUAAUGAACAAUUUAUAUUCGAUGUUACAAAACGUCGUACGAAUACUAGUGCCAAAACACCGACUACGAAAAAAACUACAAAUGCUCUUAAACGUUGUAUAGUUGAUUUCAGUGCUGAAAAUGAUCUCGAUAAUUUAAAUGAUGAUGAUUUUGGCGAUCUGGACUGUAUCGCAUCGAAUCCUUCUUCUCGUAUCGAUGUGGAUAAUUCUAUAAAUGAUUUUAUUGUUCCUGAUGAUUAUCCUAUUGAUGAUGAAUGCAUACAAUCAACCACUAGAACAACUUCAAAUAAUGGUCGGCGUCGUGGUGGUAUUACAAACAAAAUGAAACAAAAUCCCGCUGAAAAAUCAAAACCAGCUCGAAAACCUAGAAAAAAUCAACAAACAACAAUGUCAAAAUAUUUUGGAAAUUCAACAAAAACAAAAAAUACGAAUAAAACAACAAGAAAUUAUUCAACGCCACCGGAUAUUGAUGGUUAUAUUACAAUUCCAGAUUAAAAAUUUUUUGUGGCAAAUUAUUAUUAUCAUUGUAG